AUGACAACUGCAACUGAUCACAUUGAUUAUGGCUAUGGCCCAACAAAUGGGCCUCACACUUGGUGCAUUACCUGCCGUACAGCCGCUGGGACCCAUCAAUCUCCGAUUAACAUCAUUACUCAUAACUGUCACUUUGAUCCCACACUUACUCCAUUUAAGGUUUUCGUUUCGCACCACGGCCAUCAAAUAUUGAGUAGAAAGCAACACAACUUCCAAGUCUCUUUCAAGACUGAUAGGCCCACUUAUGUUGAGGGCGGUCCUCUUAAGAAUAAAUACAAUUUGCUGCAGCUGCAUUUUCACUGGGGUUGUUAUGAUGAAUGGGGCUCUGAGCAUCAUAUCGAUGGCCACAGCUAUGCUGGAGAACUUCAUCUUGUUUUCAUGAACGAGAAAUAUGCCAACAUUAAUCAAGCCUUCAAUGACCCUGAAGGUCUCUGCGUUAUUGGGAUUUUCUUAAAGCCCAGUGUAGAGGGCUGUUCAGCUAUGGCACCCAUGAUGGCAGCAAUGAAGUCUUCAAAACCCGGCUGCGAGACUUCAGUAAAGGGAGAAAUUGACAUCAAUGGCCUUAUUCCAAAUAACAGUCGCUAUUUCACCUACGAGGGUUCCCUGACAACUCCACCAUGCGUAGAAUGCGUUCGUUGGAUUGUGUGCGCAAAGCCCCUUCGACUCUCCAAAGAUCAAUUGGCUGCCUUGCGUUCAAUGCAUUGCUGUGAAACUUGCUACACCAACGAGAAUUUCCGUCCGCCAGUUCCAGUUGGCGACCGCGUGGUGGUCUGCUCAUUCCCACAAAGCAUCCGGCCGCAAAAAUGUGAUACCUAA